AUGCCGCCUCGUCGGUCUCACAAAAAGUCUCGCGCCGGUUGCCGGAGGUGUAAAAAUAGGAAGAUAAAGUGUGACGAAGUUCAUCCACGAUGCGGCAACUGUGCCAAGCAUGGUGUUCCUUGCGAUUUCAGCAACCCCGAUGUCCUAGAAGAACUGGCAAUCUCUACCAACACCAGCACUGAGAGCGUCGGCGCACCUACUCCCUCACCAGCACCCACAGUCAACUUCAAUUCCGCUCCAAGGACUCCGUUAACACGCCCACGUGCCCCUUCAAGUCCAGCAAGAGCGCCAAGACCAAAUCCCUCUCCUCCGACCUCCGUUUACUCACAACCUUCGAUAAGCUCGUCCACCAACACUAUAGACCAUGGUGAAAGAAUGCUCGAGUUGCGUUUGAUGCAUCAUUACACCAACGUCACCUCGAAGACGCUUCUGACCAAUUCGCCAGCCGCCGAGGACAUCUGGCAACGUGCCGUCCCACAGAUGGCAUUCUCUGGCAAUGGCAAGACGUACCUCGCCGACGCCAUCUUGUCAGUAGCAGCACUCCAUUUACGUUCCAUGUCCCCGAACGACAAGGCAUUGGUGCGCGCUUCGCAUGCCUAUUCAGCCUCCUCUCUCUCUGCCUUUGGUGCAUCUCUCGGCGCGGGCAUAACGCCCGAGAACGCAGAGGCCCUUUUCCUCACAGCAACCUUGAUUGCUUUCCAAGCUAGUGCAUCCCGAAUCUUCGUCAAGGACGAUGGUGACGCUGCUCCUGGCGACUCAACAAUUCGAUAUGUGCCCCCGCUGUCUUGGUUCCAUGCCUUCCAAGGCGUCAAGACCGUGGUUGCAAACUCCUGGCAGUGGAUUCACCACAGCGAUAUCGUCAAAGUUAUCAUUGAUUCGCAGCCUAGUUUCCAGCUGAACCUCAACCCACGCUCGCCCGACUCUUUCUUUGGCCACAUGCUCGAAGGGUUGGCUGAUGAAUUGAGUAACGAAGAUCCCCGCCUGGUUGCCUCAACUACCCAGGCUUAUUCACACGCUGUCAGCGUACUCAAUUGGGCACACAAAAACUACCACGCAGCCGCUGCCCUUACGUUUACUGCCACUGUCUCUAAGCGAUAUGUUGAUCUUGUUGAUGCAAGGCGACCCCGAGCUCUUGCCAUUCUCGCUUGCUUCUUUGCUUUGUUGAAGCGAAUGGAUAACGUCUGGUGGCUGCAAGAUGUUGCUCGCCGCGAGGUUAUGGGACUGGUCAGCUUAUUCGAGCCGGGAUCAAAAUGGUGGCGUCACCUUGAGUGGCCAAUAAGGAUUGCCGUGUUGGACGGCAGUUCUAUACCGCAAGAUAUUUGGGGCACCGAACUGGAGGAACAAGCACCAGAACAGCAGAAUGUUCUCGGGUCCAUGACACAGCACAUCGAGAUGUUUGCUGAGAUGCUGAAUCAGCACACGCAGCCCCCCAUUCCCAUUGCAGACGAGGAUCUCAUUGUGCCUGAUUCACCCGACUAA